AUGAAAGAAAAUAAAAAUAGCGAUGGUAGAAGUAAUAGCAAUACGGAUCCGACGAUACGAAUCGGUACCAUCAAUGUUUCGCUAAAAUAUAUUAGUUUAUUUACUUUAACGCUUCAAACAACCGCUUUGGUCUUGAUCAUGCGAUAUUCUAGAACUAUACCUAGCAAGACGAUGUAUCUGGUCACUACUGCAGUGGUUAUUGCUGAAGCGAUGAAAGUCAUUACUUGCUUGUUAAUCAUCUUUCGACAAGUCGGCUUCAAUUUUCAUAAGUUUACUGCAGUCGUUCGCGAUGAAUGUAUUGGACAAUUCUCUGAGACGAUUAAAUUGGCUAUUCCAGCUGGGCUUUAUACGGUGCAAAAUAAUUUACUCUACAUUGCUUUAUCCAACCUGGACGCAGCUACAUAUCAAGUCACCUAUCAGUUAAAAAUUUUAACUACUGCUGUUUUCUCCGUCACCAUGUUGGGUAGGAGACUCAGCUCGACUAAGUGGAUUGCAUUAGUCUUACUCAUGGCUGGUGUCUCAUUGGUUCAGAUGCCAACGAAGGGGCCACAUAGUUCCAAAGAUUUAUCUAAAUCGAAGCAAUUCUUGGGAUUAGUUGCUGUCCUUACUGCUUGUUUAUCAAGCGGAUUUUCCGGAGUUUAUUUUGAAAAAAUUUUGAAAGGUACAAAGUCUUCCAUUUGGGUUCGUAACGUACAGCUUGGUACAUUUGGAUUUAUUUUCGGUUUAAUGGGAAUGUUGUACAAAGAUUAUGAUGCACUUGUUAAAGAUGGUUUUUUCCAAGGCUAUAAUAACAUUACGUGGAUCGUCGUAAGUUUACAGGCUAUUGGGGGUUUGAUAGUCGCCGUUGUUGUAAAAUACGCUGACAACAUCCUUAAAGGAUUCGCUACAUCGAUCUCAAUCAUAACAUCUUCACUUUUAUCUUAUUACGUUUUACAAGACUUUAUUCCAUCUCAAUUUUUUGUGUAUGGAACUUGCAUUGUACUUGUCGCCACUUAUUUAUAUAGUAAGCCUGACGCCCCAGCUCCUAGUCCGCCGACUUCUUCAGCAAGUAACAAAGUCUGA